AGCAGCCUUUCUGACGCUUUUGGCUGUUUCGCCAAGCAUUUUGCCAUCGACAAAACAUACUGCUUUCUCGGGUUUAGUUUUCUUUUUUGAUUAAAAGGAUUCGUAUAGACCCUCAAGAUGUCGUACGAUCCCGCUGAUCCCGACUUCGAAUACCUUGCCGUCGACCGUAAGAAGUUGAUGCGAGAACAGACUCAGACCUUUGACGGUAAGAAGGCCUGUUGGGUUCCCGAUGAAAAGCAUUCUUUCCUUCCCGGUGAGAUCCAGAGCAGUACCGGCGACAUGGUAACAGUCAAGAUAACAACUAACAAUGAGACAAAAACUUUAAAGAAGGAUGAUCUCCAGCAGAUGAAUCCUCCCAAGUUUGAGAAGUACGAAGAUAUGGCUAACUUGACAUAUCUUAAUGAAGCCGCUGUACUUUAUAACUUGAAAGCUCGUUAUACAUCUGGUUUGAUCUAUACUUACUCUGGUCUCUUCUGCGUCGCCAUCAAUCCCUACCGACGUCUACCAAUCUACGUCCAGAGUAUCAUCGGUAAAUACCGAGGCAAGCGAAAGAUGGAAAUGCCUCCCCAUUUGUUCUCUAUUGCUGAUAACGCCUACCAGAACAUGUUACAAGACAGAGAAAACCAGUCUGUACUUAUUACUGGUGAAUCUGGUGCCGGUAAGACUGAAAAUACCAAGAAAGUAAUUAUGUACUUCGCCCAAGUUGCGGCCAUGACCCAUAAAGAUAGUGGUGGUGAGGUGGAAGAAGAAAAGAAGGACAGUAAGAAGGGUUCGCUUGAAGAUCAGAUCGUCCAAGCCAAUCCAGUACUCGAGGCUUACGGUAACGCCAAGACAACACGUAACAACAACUCUUCUAGAUUCGGUAAAUUUAUCCGUAUCCAUUUUGGUACCCAAGGUAAAAUCUCUGGAGCUGAUAUUGAACAAUAUUUGUUGGAGAAAUCUCGAGUCACUUUCCAGCAAUCUGCUGAAAGAAACUACCAUAUUUUCUACCAGCUUCUUUCCAACGCUAUCCCAGCAAAUAACGAGAAAUUAUUAGUGAGCCCUGACCCAGCGUUAUACUCAUUUAUCAACCAGGGAUGUCUGACUGUUGAUAAUAUUGAUGAUGUUCAGGAAAUGAAAGAUACUGAUGCUGCUUUCGAUGUGUUGGGUUUCUCAGCCGAAGAGAAGCUGAGUUACUACAAAUGUACUGGAGCUAUCAUGCAUUUUGGUGAGAUGAAAUUCAAACAGAGGGGUGAACAAGCUGAGGCUGAUGGCAAUGCUGAGGCCGAGAAGGUAGCUUUCUUAUUGGGUAUCAACUCUGGUGAUCUAAUGAAAGGUUUACUUAAACCUAAGAUCAAGGUCGGUGCAGAAUAUGUCACCCAGGGUAGAACCAAAGAUCAAGUCGUCAACUCUGUUGGUGCCUUGGCUAAAUCUCUCUACGAUCGUAUGUUCAAGGCUAUGGUCAUCCGUGUCAACAAGACCCUGGAUACUAAAGCAAAAAGACAGUUCUUCAUUGGUGUACUGGAUAUUGCUGGUUUUGAGAUUUUUGAUUUCAAUAGCUUUGAACAGAUUUGUAUCAACUACACCAAUGAACGUUUACAACAGUUCUUCAACCAUCACAUGUUCAUCUUAGAACAAGAAGAAUAUAAGAAAGAGGCCAUCGAAUGGACAUUCAUCGAUUUCGGUAUGGAUCUACAGGCCUGCGUCGAUUUAAUUGAAAAGCCCAUGGGUAUCUUGUCCAUCUUAGAAGAAGAGUGCAUGUUCCCAAAAGCCGAUGAUAAGUCUUUCAAGGAUAAAUUGUACAACAACCAUUUGGGCAAAUCACCUAACUUUGGCAAACCAGUUGGUAAGAAAGUGAAAGGUGAAGCUCACUUUGAACUUCAUCAUUAUGCUGGCACUGUACCAUACAGUAUUACUGGUUGGUUAGAGAAGAACAAGGAUCCCUUGAAUGAGACCAUCGUUGAGCUUUUGACCCACUCCAAGGAAGCUCUUGUACAAACUCUGUUUUUAGCACCAGAAGCAGCAGCUGGUGGUGGUCCAGCAAAGAAGAAGAAGAGUUCUGCUUUCCAGACUAUUUCUGCUACCCAUAGAGAAUCUUUGAACAAACUGAUGAAGAAUUUGUACAGUACACAUCCUCACUUCGUUCGUUGUAUUAUCCCCAACGAGAACAAACAACCCGGUGAGGUCGAUGCCCAUUUGGUACUUCAUCAGCUCCAGUGUAAUGGUGUACUGGAAGGUAUCCGUAUUUGCCGAAAGGGAUUCCCAAACAGAAUCAUAUACGGAGAGUUCAAACAGAGAUACUCCAUCUUGGCUCCCAAUGCUAUUCCUGAUGGCUUCGUUGAUGGCAAGACCGUGGCUACCAAGAUUCUCCAGGCUCUUGAAAUGGACACCGCUGAAUACAAAUUGGGAAUAACAAAAGUUUUCUUCAAAGCUGGUGUUCUGGGUUAUCUUGAAGAUCUUCGUGAUGAACGUCUCAGUUCUAUUAUUUCUAUGUUCCAAGCUCACAUCCGAGGUUACUUGAUGAGAAAAGCUUACAAAAAGUUAUGCGAUCAGAGAAUUGGACUCUCGGUUAUCCAGAGGAAUAUCCGUAAAUGGUUGUUGAUGCGCAACUGGCUCUGGUGGAAACUUUACACCAAAGUCAAGCCUCUCUUGAACACCGCCCGAGCUGAGGAUGAGAUGAAAGUGAAAGAAGAAUUGUUAGAAAAAACGAAAACUGAACUCGAGAAAACUGAAAAGGUCAAAAAAGAGCUCGAGGAACAGAACGUUACUCUACUGCAGCAGAAGAACGAUAUGUUUAUCCAACUUCAAACUGAACAAGAUAACGUCGCUGAUUGUGAGGAAAAGAUCGAGAAAUUAAUCAAACAAAAGGUAGACUUUGAGUCUCAAAUAAAAGAGAUGGAAGAAAGGCUACUGGAUGAAGAAGAUGCAGCAGGUGAAUUAGAGGGGCAGAAAAAGAAACUAGAGAAAGAGUGUAGUGAUUUGAAGAAAGACGUUGAAGAUCUUGAAACUAGUUUAGCUAAAGCUGAGCAGGAGAAACAGACCAAAGAUAAUCAGAUUAAAACACUCCAAGAUGAAAUGGCUCAACAAGAUGAACAAAUAGCUAAGCUAAACAAAGAUAAGAAAAAUAUGGAUGAAACCAACAAAAAGUUAACUGCCGAUCUUCAAGCCGAGGAAGACAAAGUCAAUCAUCUUAGCAAACUUAAAACUAAAUUAGAACAAACUUUAGAUGAGCUAGAGAACAACUUAGAAAGGGAGAAGAAGGUUCGUGGUGACGUAGAAAAGGCAAAGAGGAAGUUGGAACAAGAUUUGAAAAUGACACAGGAAACAGUGGAAGACUUAGAAAGGGCGAAACGUGAUCUCGAAGAAAAUGUCCGUAGAAAGGAUACAGAAAUUAACGGACUUAACACUAGAUUAGAAGAUGAACAAAGUCUUGUGGCUCAGCUUCAAAGAAAAAUUAAAGAACUUCAGGCUAGAAUUGAAGAACUUGAAGAGGAAUUGGAAGCUGAACGACAGGCAAGAUCAAAGGUUGAGAAACAGCGUAAUGAAUUAUCACGUGAGAUUGAAGAUAUCAGUGAACGUCUGGAUGAAGCUGGUGGUGCCACUUCUGCUCAGAUUGAAAUCAACAAAAAACGUGAACAGGAAUUAUUGAAACUUAGACGAGAUUUAGAAGAGAACCAAUUACAACACGAUCAACAAGUCGCUAAUCUGAGAAAGAAACAACAAGAAGCUAACACCGAAUUAUCUGACCAAAUCGAUCAACUACAAAAGGUUAAAAGCAGGCUAGAGAAAGAAAAACAGCAAGCCAAAGCAGAAGCUGAAGAUAUAGCUGCUCAAAUCGUACAUGCUAGUAAAAAUAAGGGUAUGUCUGAAAAGAUGUCUAAACAGGUAGAAAGUCAAAUGGCUGAAUUAAACGCUAAAGUUGAAGACAGCAACAGAACUAUUAGCGACUUACAGUCCAGCAAAAACAAAUUACAGAUUGAAAGUUCGGAACUUACCCGACAACUUGAAGAUGCUGAACAUCGUGUGGGAGAACUUUCUAAAGAGAAGAGCGCACUAAACUCCAAACUCGAGGAAGCACAACGUAGUCUAGAAGAUGAAUCAAGGCUCCGACAGAAACUUCAAAGUGACAUGCGAAAUCUCAGUUCAGAUUUGGAUGCCGUUCGUGAGCAGUUAGAAGAAGAACAAGAAGCUAGAAGUAGCGCGCAAAGGAACUUGUCUAAAGCUAAUGCUGAAGCUCAACAAUGGAGAUCUAAAUAUGAAGGCGAGGGUAUGGCACGUUCUGAAGAACUUGAGGAAGCUAAACGUAAAUUACAAGCUAAGCUUGCCGAUGCUGAACAAAAUGCCGAAGCUGCUAAUGUUAAGGUUAACAAUCUGGAAAAAAAUAAAUCCAGACUUCAGGGUGAACUCGAGGAUCUUAUGAUUGACGUUGAACGGGCUAAUGGUAAUGCAAAUAUGUUGGAGAAAAAACAACGAAACUUUGACAAAGCCAUGCAAGAAUGGCAAUCAAAGAAUCGCGACCUCCAAGCUGAACUUGAAAACGCACAGAAGGAAUCUCGAGGCUAUUCUGCUGAGCUCUUCCGUGUUAAAGCUAAAGAAGAAGAGGCACUUGAACGAGUUGAAUCUUUGAAACGAGAAAACAAAAAUCUCGCUGAUGAGAUUCACGACCUGACUGAUCAGCUCAGUGAGGGCGGUCGCAGUGUCCACGAAGUCGAAAAAAUACGAAGACGGGUUGAAAUGGAGAAGGAAGAACUCCAAUCUGCUUUGGAAGAAGCCGAAUCGACCCUUGAACAAGAGGAAGCUAAGGUAAUGAGGGCCCAACUGGAAAUGUCCAAUGUUCGUCAAGAAAUUGACAGACGUCUCCACGAGAAAGAAGAUGAGUUCGAAAGCACACGACGAAACCAUCAACGCGCCAUGGAAUCCAUGCAAGCUUCGCUUGAAGCUGAAUCCAAGGGUAAAUCUGAAGCUAUGAGAAUUAAGAAGAAAUUGGAACAAGAUAUUAAUGAAUUAGAAAUUGCUCUUGAUGGUGCUAACCGUGGUCGUGCAGAGAUGGAAAAGGCUGUGAAACGACACCAACAGCAGAUAGGUGAAAUCCAAGCUCAAUGUGAGGAUGAACAACGUCAACGAGAAGAAGCCAGAGAAGCUUACAGCAUGGCUGAACGACGAUGUGCUGUUGUUAGUGGUGAAGUUGAAGAACUCAGAACAGCUCUUGAACAGGCUGAACGUGCCCGUAAAGCAGCAGAAAACGAGCUUAACGAUGCCAGCGAUCGAGUUAAUGAACUAGCCGCGCAAACCAGUUCAAUUCAAGGUCAGAAGAGGAAGUUGGAGGGUGAUAUUUCUGCAAUGCAAGCUGAUCUCGAUGAAAUGAGUACAGAACUUCGCAACUCCGAAGACCGUGGUCGAAAGGCCAUCGCAGAUGCUGCCCGCUUAGCCGAAGAACUUAGAAGUGAACAAGACCACGGUCUCCAGAUCGAGAAGGUUCGCAAAUCAUUGGAGAGCAACAACAAAGAACUGCAGGUUCGUCUCGAUGAAGCUGAAGCUCAGGGUAUUAAAGGAGGAAAGAGAAUCAUCAAUAAACUUGAACAGAAGAUUCGCGAACUACAGUCUGAAAACGAAUCGAACCAAAUGCGCUACUCCGAAAGUGAAAAGAAUGUUCGUAAGGCUGACAGACGUCUUAAAGAGUUGAACUUCCAGGUCGAGGAAGAUAAAAAGAGCCAGGAACGACUCCAGGACUUAAUCGAUAAACUACAGGGCAAGAUUAAAACAUACAAGAGACAAGUUGAGGAAGCUGAGGAAAUUGCUGCUAUUAACCUGGCUAAAUUCCGUAAAGUACAGACUGAAUUAGAAGAUGCCGAAGAGAGAGCCGAUACCGCCGAGGGUACUGUAAACAAACUCCGCGCCAAAAACCGAAGCUCUGCUUCAAUGGCUCGAUCUGGCUCUGUUGCCAGGACAGGAAGGGCCGGUUCAGUACUGAAUUAAAAAAGGUAUGAAAGAUGAUAUGAUGCCAACGCGCGUCUCUUUUUUCCUUGGUUCCUUUACUUGGUGAAUACUAUAAAAUUAAAUUAAAAUUUUGCAGCUAUCUAGAUCAAGUCUUCCGAUAUUAAUUUAUCGAAAGUUUUGAAUCUUAAAGAAGAUUGAUGUAGUAUUUAGUAAUCAUGUUAAUAGAUAUAUGGAACUCCAUCUCUAUGUGAAUUCUAUAAUAUACUAUCGACCACUG